AUGACGGCCGCAUCAAAGGCGGUCAAAUCCGAGCAGGGGCUCGGUAAUCGAGCCCUGCUUGACAAGAUGGACAAGCUUCGAGAGCUUGGUAUCUCGAACAUGGUCCCGCUUCCUCAGAUGGUUGUAGUAGGAGACCAGAGCGCCGGAAAAUCUAGCGUGCUGGAAUCCCUCACGGGAUUUCACUUCCCGCGCUCAGUAACGCUAUGCACUCGACACGCUACCGAGAUUAUCUGCCGACGAGAAGAAACUGAGAGUAUCGUCGUUUCAAUUCAUGCUGUCGAUGCAGAUUCUGAACAGGCUCGUUCUUUCCAUCGAACAGCCACCAACCUCGACGCCGAGGAGUUUGCCCAGAUCUUCCAGGAAGCAGCCAAGGUCAUGGGUAUCAAGUCGGAUUCUACUGAUGAAUCUACUGGAUCUGCUUUCAGUCGUGAUGUCCUUCGCGUGGAAAUCAGCGGCCCCAACGAGGACCAUUUGACUGUUAUCGAUGUCCCUGGUAUGUUUGAGAACGUCACUCCGGGAGUAACCACCAAAGAGGACAUCGAGCUUGUCAAGAGUAUGGUACAGAAGUACAUUCAGGACUCUCGCACCAUCAUUCUUGCUGUCGUUCCUUGCAUCGGCGAUAUCGCCAAUCAAAAGAUCCUCACUUACGCCAAGGAAGUUGAUCCCGAGGGCAAGCGCACCCUUGGUGUCCUGACCAAACCUGAUCUGGCCUUUGAGAAUGCGACAAAGGGUGUGGUUCUCGACCUUGUUCGCGGUAAGCGCCGUGAUCUCCAGCUUGGAUACUGUGUCGUCAAGAACAGAAGCGCGGAUGACACCUCUUCUAGCCCUGAGGAACGCACUCGCUCGGAGAAAGAGUUCUUCUCCCAGGCCCCCUGGACAACACUUCCCCCCGACCGACUUGGCAUUCCUGCACUCAAGAUCCGAGUCCAACAUCUACUAAUGGAUCGCACGAAGAGCGAGUUCCCCAAGGUUCGCGGAGACCUCGCCAGUCUACUCAAGGAAAACGAGACACUUCUCAAAGAUAUGGGCGAGGCACGCAGCACUAGUGAGCAACAGCGUAUCUACAUCGGACGUAUCGCUUCACAAUUCAUUCGCAUCAAACACUGUGGUCUCGACGGAACCUACAGUCGCGAGGCCUUGUUUGACACCCCAUCGAAUCUGAAGCUGAUUACUCGUAUUCGUGAGAUCAACGAAGAGUUCGCGAGGUCUCUUUACAACUGGGGCGAGACUCGAAAGUUCCGUCGUCCUGGUGAAGAAGCUAACUCUGCGACUGACGAGGAUGACAAGGAAGAAGAAUCUUCCAAAAUCGGGUCUUCCGAACGCAGUGAUCUGUACCGAUCCGGUAUCUCGUUCGACAUUCCCAAGCUAGGAGAAAGUGAGUUGGACGAUGGGGUCCUUUAUGAUGCUUUUGAGUGGCCAGAGGUGAACCAAGAGGACAUUAUGAAGUACAUCGAGAAGGAGUGGCUCGCCUCUCGCGCCUAUGAACUUGGAACUUUUGGUGGCGAGAUGCUCCCCAAGAACUUCAAGGAACAAUCAAAGAAGUGGUCUGGCAUGGCUCGAGCUCACAUCGCCAAUGCCAUUCUCAUUGUCCAUCACUUCAUCCGGCACGUUCUUGACAAGUGCUGCCCCGACUCCUCCAUUCGAGAUGAGCUUUGGAACUUCCUGGUUGAUGAUCUCCAGAGCCGAUACAAGCGUGCGGUCAGCCACACCGAGUUCCUUCUCAAAGUGGAGUUCGAAGGUCGAAGCAUCACCUAUAACCCAUGUUUCGGCAACAAUCUGUCCGAAAAUAGAGCACAAGGAGCUGACCUGGCAGACAUGGUGUGGAAGGCUGCCCAGAAGGGUUGCGAGGUUACCGAUGUUUGGGAGGAUAUUCCGAAAGUCGUCACCGAUGCCUUCAAGGAACAACCUAAACCCAGUAACCUGGACACCAUCUGCAAAGACAUUCACGAUGUCCUACUGACUUACUACGACAUCGCUCGCAGCCGUUUCGUCGACGUUGUUUGCCGACAGGUCAUCGACUUCUUCCUUCUUGACGACACUGAUGGCCCGCUCACUGUUCUUUCUGACCAGGUGGUUUUCCAUAUGACUCCUGACCAGCUUGAGUCCAUUGCUGGCGAGGAUCCGCUUAGCAAAGAUCGCCGCGAGAAGUUGACUCACGACGUUGCUAACCUGAAGGAGGCCCUCAAGAUUCUCCGGGGUUGA